GUGUCCUCUCUGUAUUGUACAAAAGGUGUUUGAUAGUAUGUUGUAAUGAACUUUGUUCCCUUAUGUAAUGGUACACUCAUAGAAACUCUAAAGUUAAAAAAUUUACAAAAUUUAUCCAUGCAUGUGUGCCUUACCAUUACAGAGCGUUUACGAUUUCAAAAAAACUCUAACUGUUGUGGCUCUCAUUGUGAAGAUAAAGACAUAUGACACCAAGAUUGAAUAUUGGCGGAAUAACUAUUGACACUCUUGAUUGGACUUGCAAAGUCCAAAUUGUGGACAUGAGUCGAAACCAACUAAGUUUGGAGAGAAAAGUUCGAUAAAGAAGCUCUAAUUGAACAUGUCGAACCAGAUAACGAGCUUAAGAAAUCAGUGUUAACACCGACCAAGCUACAAACCACAACUUUUGCAACUAUUGCUCAUAUGACUUCAGGUCCUAGUGCAGAAAUUGAUAUUUUAGGAGUUGUUCUCCGUUGUAGCCCUUCAAAAUAUGUAGGCCGCACUCAAAAUAGGUGUCAUGAGGUUACUAUUGCUGAUGAUCAACAAAACCAAUUUCUGCUCACUUUAUGGAACGACUUCAGAAAAAUUGAAGGAACCGAAUUGGAAGCUCAAAUGGAAAUGGGUAAAACGUUCCCUGUAAUCCUUGGAAGGAACACUGGAAUCUCUGGUUAUCAGGGUAUGCGUGCAUUGCAUUGUUUUACUGAAAUCUCACAUUUUUACACCAUACACUAUCACACGAUCAUUUCAUAUGUACAGAUUUAUCCUUGCAAAUUAGAUUCAACUCUACAAUAUGCAUAA